CCCGGCUGAGGUCCCGCCCCACGGACAGGCCGGGCUCCGCCGGAGCGUCAGGAGCGGCGCGGCGAGGAGGGGAAAGCGGCAGCUGCCACCAUGUUGUGCGGGGGAGUCGGCGCCACCCAGCCCGCCACCGGCGAGACGCAGAAGAUCGUGGACGAGGUGAAAAAUCAGCUAGAAGAAAAAGUAGGGAAGACUUUUGAUGUCUUCACUGCAGUGGAGUUUAAAACUCAGCUGGUUGCUGGAACAAACUACUUCAUCAAGGUCCAUGUUGGCAAUGAUGAGUUCAUGCACCUGAGGGUGUUCAGGAGCCUUCCUCACGAGAACAAGCCACUGAGUCUCCACAGUUACCAGAGCAGCAAGGCCAAGCACGAUGAACUGACUUAUUUCUAGCAAGCUUAUCUAUGCACUUUCCUACUGAUUUCUUAUGUGUGUUUUCUAUAGGCUGCAAUAUGUUGAUUCCUGUGCCAACAAAAGAGUGUCUUUUUUUAAACGUAAUGCUGGAAAAAAUCAGUUUCUUUUAUGCCAUUCCCUUUCUGUGCAAUAUCUAAAACUGAAAGCUGCACAGCUCUCCUUUCACCUACACUAACUCAAACCAAGUAUUCAACUGAAAUACUUGGCUGAGUCCUGAUUGUGGAUUUUCUUGGUCUGGAAAUUGAAAGGGGAGUGACACAUGUAUUCACCACAGGAAGCACGAGGAAAACCAGAAUUGUUUCUGUGAUGUUUGCAAUUUUGAAUAUACCUGUAGAUUUAAAAUACACUAUGUAUUUUAUUGGUAAAGACCUGAAGAGAGGCUUGAAUUGAAGCAAUUUUGAAAACAAGAGAAAGCGGAGAAUUAUAAUCUUUUGAUUCCCAUUAUGAUCAAGCAUUCCCAUUAUAAUCAUGUUUAUCUUCUUGCAGCAGAAGGCUAUAACGUCCAGCAGAGGGUGUAUGACUU